UGAAGGCGUUUUGGCAACAGGCCAUGGGAGGACGCCCGAUGGUUCUCGUGGGAGCUUCUCUUGGCGGUGCAAUCGCCUUAGACUUCGCGCACGAGUUUCCGGAAGCCGUCAAGAAGCUUGUACUGAUCGACGCCCAAGGUUUCAUCGAUGGCUCUGGACCCGGUGCGUCUCUUCCUGCCCCCCUCGCGAAGCUUGGGAUCUCUGUUCUGGGAAGCAAGCCGUUGCGCUCCCUUGCGAACCAGAUGAGCUAUACCGACAAGAGCUUAGCAACCGAAGAUGCUGUGCGUGUUGGGCGGUUGCACACAAUGUGCGACGGCUGGGCGGACGCCUCUCUGCAGUACAUGUCGAGCGGAGGAUUCGCUGUCAGCACAAAAGUGUCGAGUAUCAACCAGGAGACGCUGGUGUUGUGGGGCCGGCAAGAUAGGAUCUUGGACCCCAAGCUUUACGCGGAAAGGCCCAACCCGCGGCUGCUGCACCUCCUCCUCCUCCUCAUGAACCACCCGAAGUCCUCAGCGAAGAAGGUCCAAUUUUCGCUCACCGCAUCGGGUGCCUGCUCCACGUGCUCCAUCUCGCUGUCAACGCCGGGAUGGAGUGCGAGUUUUUCAUUGGCCCUCUUGGCAAAGGUUCCUGGCACGAGUGGGAAGACAACCACCUCGUCGUCUGAAAAGUCUGAGUCUGAUGCGUCAGAGAAUCUGACUUGUACGUCGGAGGAGGAGAGCGGCGAUGACGCAGAGCCCUGAAUUUCUUUGUUUCGAAGGAAUCUUGGAAGAAAUCGAUUUUUUACAAGUUGACAUCAGAAAGGACUUGUAUCCAACCCCACCCUUCCCCAACUUUGGCGAGGUUCAAGUCAUGCUGCGUCGCGAGUGGGGUGUCCACAGCUACUUUUUGCGCUGGAACGGUGGCAAAAGCUGCUCUAGCGGUCGCGGUAGAGGCUGUGCGCGUAGGACAAAAGCUGAUGUAUGAUGCGCGAAAGACUCUCCAUCCCAAGAAUUCAACAG